GGCCUUACGCUGUAUGGAAGGCUAUUUAAACAUUCACCCACAUUCACCUUAAAAGUUCUUUAAUGUUUUUAAAUACUGUAAGCACUUAAAAAUGAAUGAAAAUUCACAAGAAUAUCGUGAUGAAGAGUUAAACAAAUUAAUUACAUUCACUAAAAGUACAGAUGAUGUUUUGGAAAAAAUAUUGGUAAUGUUCCAGUGGAGUUUAGAAAAUUUUAACGAGAAAGAAGAAAACUAUAGCAUAUGUCCUUUUAAUACUGGACAUCGACUUCCUAAAAAAGAUGUACAACAUCACAUAGACGCUUGUCUGUGGAGGGACGAAGGUUAUGACCAAUUUGACGUUGAGCUCUCAGAGCCAACACUAUCUCCCGAUAAUCCUUAUACCAUCAAAAUUGAUGCAAAUCUUCAAUCUGAAAUCCUACUCACGGAGAAAGAAAAAAAUACGAAAAUUUUAGGUGUGGGAGACCGAAUGAUUCCCCGCACAUCAAACAGAAUUUUCUCCGAUUUUACCAGCAAUGAACGUAUAGCUAUCUACAAUUAUGUUAUUGCCAACACGCAAAAAAACAAUAUUGGCCAAGAUAUUGCUGACUUGAACAAAACGAAGGAAAAGAAAGAAGAAAAAUCCGUAUCUUACUUGGAGCUUUUAGCUCAAGAACGCAAUUUAAAAAGACGCAGAACUAAGCAUCGUGGCGUUCACACGAAUAAAAAAUCCCAUGUGGAAGUUAUGCGAGAAGUGUUGGAGGAGCAGAUGGAAAUAUUUAAAGAAUAUCUCUCUGAGCAAUCUACUUCUCAAGAUGGAAAGAAAGAAGCAAUCAAUGAAAUUAUUGACUCAUCGGAACAUUCUGUAACUUCCCAUGCAAAUUCCGAAAUCAGAAACUUCUUUCCAGAUCAUGAAGAAACUAAUUUUCAUAAGGAGAAAACAAAUGAUCGACAUUAUAGAAAAGAAAGUAGAAGAGAACAUUCUAAUCAUCGAACAGAAAGACAUGAAUCGGAUUAUCAUUCAUAUAGGCGAGAUAAAUAUGAAGCAAAGGAGGAACGAUAUAAAUUGAAAGAAAAAUCGAAACACAGAGAUAGGUCACACAAUAGGUCGAGAGAUGACAAGUCUAGAGAAAGAAAGAGACACAAAUCCAAAGAUAAGUAUAGGAGUAGAUCUAGUGAACGCAAAGAAGCAAAAUACGACGAAUAUCGAUGUAGGAAACGAAGCCGAAGUAGAACUAAAUAUUAAUUAUAUUUUCUGUACACAUUGAAAAUCGAAAUCAGGUUCAACAUAAAAAUGAGAUAUUUCCUAAUAUCAUUAUUUGAUAUUAAUAUUUUUAAAUAAAAAUUUAAAUAUAA